GAAUACACCGUGAAUUGAAGUUCAGGGAGAAGAAACUGAGAGUAGUCGCACAAAGGUAAGCAGCUGCAUUGAUUCAUGAACGGUCCGACCGGCGACGCCUGUAACGAUCGUGAGCUUGCCUCCCAUUCAAGGCGAUCAGUUACAGGUCUAGGUGGACAGUCUCUCUUCUUCCUCGACAGUUGUCAGCUUCAGGAAUAUCCCAAAACACCAUAGAUGCGACAGAUGCACGUUCCAUACAAGAGCCUGUUGAGGACCGAACAACUUGUUUCCAGAUUCAUCUUCAACGCGACGGGGUAGUCCAAAGGUAAACAUUAAUCACAAACUCCGACUCCGACGGAAAUGGUUCGUUUCAAGUUAUGGUCCGACGACGCCGGUGGACAGUUCCUCCUUGUUUGUAGGUGAAAACACUCUAUCACAAGUUGUUCAUCCUCUACCUCGACCGAUGUCGGCUUCAGGAAUAUCCAAAAACACCAUAGAUGCGACAGAUGCAAUGCUCUACUUGGAUGCAGUGUCACGCUCCAUAACAGAGCCUGUAUUCCCACUCGGGGAUCUGAACUCUCGUGUCUCCGGUAUUCUUCGUGCCAGGCGACCUUUCCUUGACACCGACCAUGACUGGAUACUCCCUAAUAUCGAGGUCCUCCAACAGCAGGUCUCAGUAUACGACACCUUGCUAGACCGCAUCGAUGAAAUCAGAUCGGGAGUACAAAGCCGUCGCGAUGCAGUUAAGAAGCCGUUAGCAGCGUAUGCGUCGACGCUAGCGCCCAUCCGACGUCUUCCCAACGACAUUCUUCGGUCCGUGUUUUGCGAGAUACAAAUCUCGCAGUGGCAGAAAGCUGGCAAAGUGAAACAGAAAGAUGGCGAGGCGUUGGAUUUUUCACAGGGUCCGUGGGCGCUCAGUCAUGUAUGCGGUGCUUGGAGGGAUAUCGCUCUAUCCUAUCCCCAACUCUGGUCGCAUAUAAGACUUGAUUUUUCGCCUCCCCAUACAAUGGACCCGCCCGGGGAGCAUCGGCGUCCCCCUCGUCAUACGAUCGAUGCACUAAAAGCCAUGAUUCAUCUUUCUAAACAACAUCCUCUCGACAUAGUACUCAACCUUGAUCGUAAAGGCGAUAAGGAUAUCGCUGUUCAAGUUUUUUACAUGAUUCUCAAGGAGUCUUGUCGAUGGAGGUCCUUGCGGCUACGUGCUUCCUCGGAUUUUUUGGAGCUAUUCAAGGUGGUUCGCGGACAGAUUCCUUGUCUGGAAUCUUGCAAUUUGGAUACUUUGGAUAUGCUUGAUAGCGACAGAGCGGACCUGCCUGAAGAUACUCGAAGUAUCUUCGCUGAAGCCCCUCGCCUUCAAAACGUGACUUUAUGCGGCACCCACGGUCUCGGGAGUUUCAUGUUUUCUCCUCAUAUCACUCAUCUCGCAGCAUGUACGAACAAUGUUGCUAACCUUGGAGUUUACCAGUCUCUCGUCGAAUGCCAUCUCGAGACUGAUCCGAGAAACGACCAGGAUAUUUCCCUCCCUCUUAACAUUCACCUUCCCAAUGUCCGGUACCUUUUUCUGUCAUCACUGCGAGUACUUGCACAUCUGUGCCUACCUUCCUUAAAAAAUCUCACAGUCGAUCGUGUCGACUCGGACCGCGGUGCAAACACGCGGGAUGUUUGGAUUGUGAACGAUUUCAUCCGACGUUCACGGUGCUCCCUUUCCAAGUUAGUCUUCCAUUCCGAUUCGAACAUAGACGAUCAGAUCUUUAUCCGGGAGUCACUCUUAUUCAUGAACACUCUGGUGUUCUUGGAGAUUUCGUUCUUUUGGGACAUUGAGGAUACCUUCCAUGCCCUCGCUCCCGUUGGAUUCCUCCCAAAUUUGCAGCAUCUACGGCUAUUUUGUUUCGAUAUACCUUCAUCGCAAGAAUCCCUCAUUGCUAUGAUCUCUUCGCGUAGCGAAAAUCUCCGUUCGGUCCAAUUUUAUUGUGACAAGCCUGAGCACGUGAAGAGCUUCAAUCGAUAUCUCACACCACUGCAGCAACCUGGACAACACUUUAUUGCUACACUAAGAGAACUACAUGACGAAACUUCUGGAAUGCAAUUCGGAAAAUUCAGCCAGUCCGAUUUAGAUGUUCCGGUUGACCAGUGACCUUUUCUCUACACUGCGACCGCGGUGGGAUCAAGUUGGAUAU